AUAUAGUAAGGUAAUUUGUUAUGAUGACUUACAGUCUGUAGUCCAAUUCCCCAACAAUGGUCAGCUGUAAAUGGGAAGUCCCACAAGGCUAAUAGAUUCCAACUGAUGUGCUGGCAAGUAAAUGCAAGAGGGGAAGAAGAGCAAAUCUUCCUUAUUCCAAUGUCCUUAUACAGGGAAGGUGUGGACCAUAUUAAAGUAGAAAUGUUUGAAGACAUUGCCUGGGAACAAGGAAGCAAUGGUCUGUGCCUGCUGGUCUCUGAUGCCUUUACACCUCAGUGGUUCUGACAACAGGGGCUGAGCUUUGUUUGUUGGAGAAAUGUCUUCUGAGUCAGAAAAGGAUAAAGAGAGACUGAUUCAAGCUGCCAAACUAUUCUUCUUCCACAUACGAGAUCUGGCUUCCUUCAUAAAUAGGUUCGUCGAGCUGUUCAACAUCACGAUGAAGACUCAGAUCCUCCCCAUGAAUCUGAAUGAAGAGAGCUGCAUUCAAGAUUUCUUUGAACAAAUGAUCAGACACUUUAAAGAGAUGCAGCUGAUGGUGGAUGGGAAGCACAAACAAAUGCAAAAGGAGCCUUUGUGUUCCAAGGUGGUGACUCCUGUGACCUCCGUGGUGGAGAAGUGUGCCAACAUCGCUCCACACCACACUGCAGAAGACAUGCUCAAAAACAUCCAGACAUCAGGUGCUGCCAUGGUCCUGAAGACCAGUCACAUUCUUGAGAAUCUAGAAACUUCUCUCUCACUCCUGAUGCAGUUCCCCAUCAUGGGUCUCCGGUUAAGUGACUUCUAUAGAGAGGAGACCAAAGAGCAAUCAGAUGCCAUCACAUCUGGUAAAAGCAUGAGUCCAGAAUGUCCCAAAGCCACUACAGAGGAAAUCUUGAAGAAGCUGCAAGAUGUGCUAAGUACCAAGAAUGCCCACAAGCCAAUAGAAGCAGCCGCAGAUGAACUGGAACAGUUUGUCAAGACUAUGGAGAAGACUUUACAGGUUCUCCAGAAAUCCAUAAAGACCAUGGAAGGGGACACCUCUGUACUUACACAGGCUCAGGGCAAGUAGAGGAAAAUGCGUUCCUUUCUGAAUGAAAAUCAGCUUGAAUCCUCUUCCGUUGGUGCUAUAUAUUCGGUAUGUUAGAACCCGAGGGCAGAGUCAUCACUUGACAAAGCACUUACCUGUGGUUCUGCUUUGUUAAACAAAAAGGGAAUAACCAAAGAAAGCAUGCUCGAUAUAGCAGUGCUGUAAGGGUCGAGGCAGCAUCA